AUGGCGACCACGCACCGGACGACACUCAGUGGGCAGGCCCCCUACAAGGUGGACCGACGAUCUUGUGAAGGUCACGGGAAGCCGAUUGAUGCGAGUGGUGCAGGACCCAUCGGUGUGGAGAUCCUUGGGGGAGGCCUAUGUUCAGCAGUGGGCGUCUACGCUGGUACGCCGAGUGCAUACGGGCGUCUGAAACUGACCCUUCCGAUAAGCAACAAAGAACAACCCAGAGACGCAGAGAAGGUAACGGCAUCAGGCCUGGGCCUUUACCAGGCGCAAGUGGGUCGAGUGGCGUCGUUCAGCAUCGAUACAUUAGGGCGGCCAGCAAGGGAGUUUGACGUGGUCGUAUCAGGACCUGGGUCCAGGGCCCUGCCCGUCAGAUGCUACCAGACCAAGUCGGGGUUACUGCAAGCCGAGUACACCAUUACUGAAGUCGGACAGAGUACUAUAGAGGUGUUACACUUGUCCAAGCCAGUUUCCGGUAGUCCGUACACGUGUGAAUCCUUCGACCCCAACAGAGUUAUCCUGUCUGGUCUACCGACUGGCAACAUCAUUGCGCAAACACCGAUCAACUUCACAGUGGAGACUAAAGAAGCGGGUAUUGGCGAAUUAGAAGUAGUAUGCGAGGCGAUGGGCGAGCGUUGUGUACGACUGCCCGUAGACGUACGAGAAGAUGGUACCACGUACAAAGUGCGCUUACGACCUUCGGUGCCGGCUCAUUAUCGAAUUUACAUCACCUACGGAGGUGCAUCAGUAACAGGCAGCCCCGUAUCCCUGGGCGUGUUGAGUAUACGCAGCAGUAUCGCAGCCCGAUGUGCUGGUACAGGUCUAGUCCACGCACACGUCGGCAAAGAGGCCGCCUUCACCAUACACUGUGUGGAGGAUUCCGCGCCUACUGUACAGGUGGAAAGGCUAACUGACAACAAAGAAGACAGCACGGACACGGGCUUGCUUGAGUGUCGAGUCGUGGCUGGAGCGCCAAGAGAAUGGCUCUGCGCAUACAUCCCCCUCGUGGUCGGGUUAUACGAAGUACGGAUAUUCACCUCAUCAGGACCGUUACCAGGAAGCCCGUUCUCUGUUAAAGUAAUAGACACGUCCGCUAUCAUGCCAGUGGGAGGUUGGGGCACCGACAACGCUGGCCGAGUAAGAGCCCCCUCCAAGUUAGUGCUGGAUACAAGCAACGCCGGCCCUGGCUCUUUAGAGUGCUUGCUAGCGGGCAGACAUCAACGUGUAGAAACAGUAUCGGGUCGAGCAGUUGUAACUCUAGCCGCCGUGGAAGGCGUCAGCGGGGAACAAGAAUUGGAACUCACAUACAACGGAGCUUUAGUAGCAGGCUCGCCUAGGAAGGCCCUAGUGGCUUCUGGCAACACAGCAGAUAGGGUCACGCUAGCCGGACGUGGUUUGGCACACGCAGCCCCACAUACGCCAGCAGUCUUCACAGUUGAUGGCAGCGCAGCGGGUCCAGGGAGUCCAGACGCUUCCCUAACCUCUCCGGACGGGGACAACAUCUCCGUGGCUCUCACAGCGGCCGGGCCUGGGUUAUGGAGGGCCACUUACACCCCCAGGAGAGCUGGAGAUCAUCAGCUCAGGGUUACAUGGGCCGGGAGAAUGGUUAAAGGUUGUCCCUUGACGGUGAACGUGACAGCGGGCUCUGAAAGCGGAGACGCAUCACGCGUAGUGUGUUCCGGUGCCGGUCUCGCAGGCGGCGUGGUAGGCAUGGAGAUCCGAUCGUGGAUUGACACGCGGCGCGCCGGGCCCGGGGAACUGACCGCGCACUGCACCGGCCCCAACAAGGUGGCAUACUGCGAACUGUACGAGCACGGCGACGGCACGUUCACAUUGAACGUAAAACCGGCGGAGGCGGGACGACACGUGCUGAGCGUGCAGUUCGCCGGCGACCACGUGCCCGGCUCGCCCUUCGUGCUCAAGGUGGCCGGCGCGCCGGACCCGUCUAAAGUACGCGUUUACGGACCCGGAGUCGAACCCGGAGUGUUAGCGACGUUCCAAUCGCGGUUCUUCUGCGACACCCGCGGCGCCGGCGCUGGUCAGUUGACAGUGCGAGUGCGCGGCCCCAAAGGAGCAUUCCGAGUGGAGAUGCAACGAGAAAACCAGAAGGAUCGCACCAUUUUAUGCAAGUUCUCGCCUACUGAACCGGGUGACUACCGGGUAGAGGUAAGAUGGGCCGGGCGACACGUUCCCGGAUCGCCGUUCCCCGUUAUGAUAUUCGACACACAAGAAGAACUAAGGCGCUACAUACAAGCGACAGCUGCCUGACCACAGAAUACCUUAGACUUAGCCCACCUAAAUAAACCGACCGACCUCUUGCGGAUAUUAAGUGAAAAAUCGUCCAAAUAUGUAUUGCCUUAUUUAAAUUUCUAAUCACAGUUCUAACAUUUUGGUGGUAUAUGUAUUAUCGAACCUCUGAAGAUUUUUUUGGUAAAUUUUAAUUGGUAAAUAUAGUUUAUUAACUGUGAUUAGAAAAACUCAUUGUAGAAAAUUUAAAAAGUCUGGUUUGGAUAAAUUUCCCCCUAACUAAAUAUCGCAAGUGAUCUAACACGUAAGUAAUCUUGGUUCUAUCAAUUAAAAAUCGGCUACGACAAUCUGGAAUAUCUCUGUAAAUUAAUGAACUGGAUCAAAAGACAUUGUUUAUAUGGUGUAACAGAAUCUCAUUGUAAUAAAGAAUAUAGUGAGUUAGUAUUCAGAUAAACUUGGGUUAUUUUUUUGUAAAUAAACAAGAACAAUUUCAUAUUCAUAGGAUGUUAAUUUUGUCCCAAUAUCUUACACGUAGUGUUUGGUGUGUCAUGUCAAUCUUGUUAUAAUAUCAUAUGUUAUCUUGUCUCUAUCAAGUCGCUAAAGUGAUAACAAGGUUUAUUACUAUUUCAAAAAUGUUUCACAUACAAGUGAAUCUUGUAUUGCAGGUCAGGAAUCCAGAUAAUAGAAGCAUAUGCCGGUACUUCACUUGGCUAUUCGUGUUUGCUAUUUAUAAACUUGUCAUCUGUCUGUCCUUUCCAUUGCUUAUAAAAAUUGAUAAGGACAGACUCUUUUAAAGUUUACAAAUACCCCGGUACUACAAAAACUUGACUUAUAUAUUGUUUUAAACUUUCAUUCAGAUCAUGCGAUCAUGGCGCUUGCAACAGUGGCGAAAUAUCGGAAACUCGCUCAAAACAACGUACAUGUAUGGUAAAAUUCCCGUAAAUAACUUAUAUUAUUAUAACUUGACUUUUGUUGAAAUCCGGUGUAGUAACGAUAUUUUCACCGUUAUUGGUAAAAAGAAGAGAGACAUAGAAUUAGGUUCACGUUUUGUAGUAACGGGUUUAGACUUUGACAAGACAAGUGAAAGUAAAGACUUAAUUGCGAAUCAUACUCUACGAGUACAGUUCUAAAUUGCAAGCGGAUUUAAACAUUAUUGCUAGGCAUAUUCGUAUCUUAUUUCAAAAUCUGCUUUACUGCGCUCUUUUAUCGCGUGGAAGAUAGGGGAUUGUUUAUGACACUUUCUUUCGCACUUCCUUAAAGAAUUUAAUGUAAUAAUUUUUAUAGAACCAUUUCAGAGAAAGUGAGUGACUUAUCUGUAUAAAUCUUUGAAUAUAUUAAAUUGUUUUUUUUUGUCACACAGGUGAUGUGUAUUAUUAGAAUAUACAAAAUUAUAUUAUAUCAUUAGAAUCCAAUCCGUCCAUUAUUUAGGGAUCUCUUAUAAAUCUAAAUCUCUAACAAUUAUGUAUGUAUAGUUUUUUCUUUAUAUUCCAUUUCUUUCUUAUAGUACAUAAUGUAAUGCAAAAAGAAUUAGUCCUAGGAGAGCAUAAUAAUAUUGUUUAUUUGUUAAUAUUUAUUAAUGGCAUUUAGGCGUUAAGUCGAUUAACUUAACUUUUGUAACUAACGGAUUAUUUUAUUGUUAUUACACGGUUCAGUUCACGUUAUCGUCCAAGUGUUGAUAUGAAUUGAAGUGAACCAUGUAAACCUGAGCUAUUCAGUUACUAAUUUGUUAAUAAAUUGAAAUUUAUUAAUUCAUAUCUUUUAUUUCAAAUUAAA